AACGGUUCACAAGCACCUACUAGAACUUUCUCCUCUUCUCCCCAUUAUAUCUACCUUGCUCCUCUCGGCUGAAAUACUCGCUGGGGCUCGUGGUCUGCUCGUGUCACUAGGGUUAACAUAUUCUAUUUCUUCUCCAGUUCCAAGGAUCGUAAGCCAUGGGAAAAUCUUACCCAACCGUCAGCGCCGAUUACCAAAAGGCCAUUGAGAAGGCAAAGAAGAAGCUUAGAGGUUUCAUCGCCGAGAAGAGAUGCGCUCCUCUGAUGCUCCGUUUGGCAUGGCACUCUGCUGGUACCUUCGAUGUUAGCACCAAGACCGGUGGCCCCUUCGGAACCAUCAAGCACCCUGCUGAACUCGCUCACGGUGCCAACAACGGUCUUGAUAUUGCUGUCAGACUUUUGGAGCCAAUCAAAGCGGAGUUUCCUAUCUUGAGCUACGCAGAUUUCUACCAGUUGGCUGGCGUUGUCGCAGUUGAGAUCACUGGUGGACCCGAAGUUCCUUUUCACCCGGGCAGAGAGGACAAGCCAGAACCACCUCCAGAGGGUCGCUUGCCUGAUGCAACCAAGGGGUCUGAUCACCUUAGGGAUGUGUUCGGCAAGGCUAUGGGGCUUAGUGAUCAGGAUAUUGUUGCUCUAUCUGGUGGUCACACCAUUGGAGCGGCACACAAGGAGCGAUCAGGAUUUGAGGGUCCCUGGACCUCAAAUCCUCUUAUUUUUGACAACUCAUACUUUAAGGAGUUGUUGAGUGGUGAAAAGGAAGGUCUCCUUCAGCUGCCUUCUGACAAGGCACUUUUGUCAGAUCCCGUAUUCCGCCCUCUUGUUGAAAAAUAUGCAGCUGACGAAGAUGCAUUUUUUGCUGAUUACGCAGUUGCUCACCAAAAGCUUUCCGAGCUUGGGUUUGCUGAAGCCUAAUCAACAUAUAGGCAGUUGGAGAUCUAGAAAACAAAAGAAGUGGUUUUAAAUUUCGAUGUGAGGAUGUGUUUUGUCCCCCCUUUAUUUUUCACCAUUGGCAAGUUGGAUUGUUUUUUCCUUUGUUGUGGUUGAUCCUUUUGUUAAAUAACAUUGCUAAGAGUUAAUGGUUGAACUCAUUGGGACCUCACGUCAUUCUUACGCGCCUACUGGUAAU